UUCUUGGCCGCCCUGCCAAUGGCGCCGCGGGGUGUUGCGGCAAGAUGGCGGCGCGCGGCAGCCGCGCCGGGGGAAGGGCAGGGGUCGCUCGGCGGGCGUGAGGAGGCGGCGACGGGCAGGGAGAGCCAUGCUGCGCGCCUCUCUCCGCCAGGUGUCGGCGGCGCUGAAGGAAGGACGAGUCGCUCCCACGGAGCUCUGCCAGCGAUGUCUGGCCCUCAUCAAAAGCACCAAGUUUCUGAAUGCAUACAUUACCGUAGCGGAAGAGACCGCUUUGAAGCAGGCUGAAGAAUCAGAGGAAAGAUAUAAAAGAGGUCAGCCACUGGGCAUUCUAGAUGGAAUUCCUGUUGCUGUAAAAGACAACUUUAAUACAGCUGGCAUUGAGACAACAUGUGCAUCAAAUAUGCUAAAAGGUUAUAUUUCUCCUUACAAUGCUACAGUAGUUCAGAAGUUACUGGAUCAGGGAGCUGUGCUUUUAGGUAAAACAAACCUAGAUGAAUUUGCAAUGGGUUCGGGGAGUACAGAUGGAGUCUUUGGACCAGUCAGAAAUCCCUGGAGUUAUUCAAAACAGUACAAGGAAAAGGCUGUCCCAAAAUCCCAUUCUGAAGACGAGGAGUCAAACUGGGUAAUAACAGGAGGGAGCUCAGGAGGCAGCGCAGCUGCUGUGUCAUCUUUCACGUGUUUUGCAGCCUUAGGGUCAGACACAGGAGGAUCUACCCGAAACCCUGCUGCUCACUGUGGUGUUGUAGGUUUAAAGCCAACAUAUGGACUGAUCUCUCGCCAUGGUCUCAUUCCUCUAGUGAACUCCAUGGAUGUGCCAGGAAUUCUAACCAGAUGUGUGGAUGAUGCAGCAGUUUUGUUAGGUUCACUUGCUGGACAUGAUCCUAAGGACUCUACCACAAUUCAGGAUGACUUUAAGCCGUUUGAACUACCUAAUUUGACUGAUGUCAGCAAGCUUUCAAUUGGAAUUCCAAAGGAAUAUCAUGCACCAGGGCUGGCUAGUGAAAUUCUGGCUCUCUGGUCAAAGGCUGCUGACCUGUUUAAGAAUGCAGGUGCUAAAGUGGUUGAAGUGAGCCUACCACACACUCGUUACUCAAUUGUCUGCUAUCACGUGCUGUGCACAGCAGAAGUUGCGUCAAAUAUGGCCAGGUUUGAUGGACUAGAAUAUGGACAUCGUUCUGACAUGAAGGAUUCCACUGAAAGUAUGUAUGCUGCAACACGGCGAGAAGGCUUCAAUGAUGUCGUAAGAGGAAGGAUUCUAUCAGGAAACUACUUCUUAUUGAAACAGAACUAUGAGAAGUACUUUGUGAAGGCACAGAAAGUGAGACGUCUCAUUGCCAAUGACUUUAUGAAGGUUUUCAAGAGCGGUGUUGAUAUUUUACUCACUCCCACCACUCUGAGUGAUGCAGCACCAUACACGGAAUUCAUCCAAGAAGACAACAGGACCCGCAGUGCUCAAGACGACAUCCUGACACAGGCUGCAAACAUGGCUGGGCUGCCAGCCAUAAAUGUUCCUACAGCUCUUUCAGAGAGAGGCUUGCCAGUUGGGCUUCAGUUCAUUGGACGUUCAUUCCAGGAGAAGCAGCUUCUCACUGUAGCCAAAUGGUUUGAAAAACAAGUAGAAUUCCCAGUGAUUCAACUAGAAGAAGUAAAGAGGCAUGACAGUGAUGUCUUUCAGCAUCAGAAAUCUGCUUCUUUUUCAUAGCCUGGGACUUGCUAGUCAGCUAGAGCAAGAAAGCUCUGGAGAUGGUCAAGAAACUAAUUUCUGCAGUUAAUUGUCUUUUGCAGAAGUAAUAAUCUGUUUUAAGAACACUUUAUGCAGUAAUGCACGGUGGAAUCACGACAGCUUUUUACAGUGUAAUUAAGGCAAAGUGAAUCAUUAAGUAAACAUUACCAUGUUAUUAAGCAACAAUUCUUACUGAUAUCUAAAAUACUAAGUUGAAAUUGUGUCUGUUACGCCUGUGAAGCUGAUUUUUUAAUCCCUGGAGGGUGUGUAAGGUAUCUGACCAAUUAAAGAACUAGCCUGAA